AGUUGGCGGUACGGCCCGGGCGAGGCCCGCCGGGAGCGGCCCCGCUGCCUCGGAACGGAGCGGACAGAGCCGGGACAGAGACCGGACAGAGCCGGGUCAGAGCCAGGACGGACCCGGACAGACCGGACAGAGACCGGACAGAGACCGGACAGAGGCCGGACAGAGCCGGGACAGAGACCGGAUAGACCCAGACAGAGCCCGGACAGAGCCCGAACAGAGCCCGCUCCCUUCGGUCGGAUCGGACAGAGCCCGGACAGACCCCGCUCCCUCAGCCCGGACCGGACUGAACAGACCCCGGGCAGAGCCCGCUUCCUUCAGCCCGGCCCCUUCCCGCUCCCUCAGCCCCUUCCCGCUCCCUGAUCCCGCUCCCUUCCCUCAGCCCAGGCCUCUCUCCCUGGUCCCGUUCCCGCUCCCUCAGCCCAGCCCGGCCUCUCUCGCCAUGAGCUUCCUCUUUGGGAGUCGUUCCUCCAAGACCUUCAAGCCCAAGAAGAACAUUCCCGAGGGCUCCCACCAGUACGAGCUCCUGAAGCACGCGGAGGCCACGCUGGGCAGCGGGAACCUGCGGCAGGCCGUGAUGCUGCCCGAGGGGGAGGACCUCAACGAGUGGAUUGCUGUCAACACUGUGGAUUUCUUCAACCAAAUCAACAUGUUGUACGGGACCAUCACAGAAUUCUGCACAGAGAGCAGCUGCCCUGUCAUGUCUGCAGGGCCCAGGUACGAGUACCACUGGGCAGACGGCACCAACAUCAAGAAGCCCAUCAAGUGCUCGGCGCCCAAAUACAUCGACUACCUGAUGACGUGGGUGCAGGACCAGCUGGAUGACGAGACCCUCUUUCCCUCCAAGAUCGGUGUCCCCUUCCCCAAGAACUUCAUGUCGGUGGCCAAGACGAUCCUGAAGCGGCUCUUCCGUGUCUACGCCCACAUCUACCACCAGCACUUCGACUCGGUGAUCCGGCUGCAGGAGGAGGCCCAUCUCAACACCUCCUUCAAGCACUUCAUCUUCUUCGUGCAGGAGUUCAACCUGAUUGACAGGAGGGAAUUGGCUCCUCUGCAGGAACUGAUUGAGAAGCUGGGCUCCAAGGACAGAUAAAACAUUCCUGGGGGGACCCUUUUGGCCUCUCCUUUCUGCUUCUUCUUCAGCCACCUCAGCGCUUGGCUCCAGGAACGCUGGACACACCAAGUGGCUCCACUCCUGCUGUGCAGCCCCCACUGGGCUCCUCUGCCCCACAGCUGUGGGCUGGGUGAAGGUGGAGCAGGUUCUGUCCCUCACAGGGUGACAUUCCAAGUCCUGCACAGCUGCUUCCUGCUCCCAGAGUUUCCCUCUGGGCUCUGCAGCCGCCUGGCCGGGGCUGAGAGUGGCUCAGCUUAUUUUUGGAAGUGCUUUUUUUUAGGAUAAGAGGUGCACUUUGGCCCAGAGCCUUAAAGCUCCCCUUGGCAGCAGCACCGAAGGGGGGAAAGAAGUGCCUGGUCCCAGGGGGGUGUCCCUGUCCCUGGGAGGGAGGAGCAGCUCUGGGGUGUCCCAUGGAUGGGGGGGGACACGAGGGACCCUCCUGUGUGGCAAGG